UUGUCUUGGAAUCUUUUUAUAUCGCCCUGAUCACGGUAAGAAAUUUUUUUUGACCAAUUAUAGCUUUAAAUAAGUUGAUCAUUUUAAUGUACACUUUGCAAUGAUUUUCUUCCUGUCAAUUACUUUUGAUAUGUAAUUUUACUCUCUGUGAUUAUAUCGGUUUUUUAAUUCCUAUGCAAUUAUAUCAACCCUUGAUAGACCGAGAAAGACACGUUAAUUACUAUAGUAAAGGACAUCGUUACAACUGACAAUGAAGCGAAUAUUAUUUCCAAUAAAUGUAAUUCCCUUCCAGUGUUUCUUCAGUGAAGUUUGGUUCAGCUUUUUGCUCUAAAAUAUGGUCUAUCUCUCGUCACAGUGCGGGGCUCUUGUCCACCGCGUCAUUCGGAUCGCUCAAGCCUUUGCUGUUUUCCCUUUCCGUCUAAAAUAUAAUGGCCUUGUGUUAGACCCUGCUUUGCUGGUGUACGUUUUGACGAUGAAGCUGGCGUUGGGUAUACACCUCUUAUUGGUGGAAGAACCUUCUCUGUACGCAAGUUCUGUUUUGUCUUAUUGUGCAGUAGUUUUCCAUUCCAUUAUUGUUUUGUUUAAAAAGGACAAACUUAAUGAAUUCUUGAGAUUGCUCUCAGACUGUGAAUUCAGGUUUAUUCAGCUAGGGACAAAAUCUGUGAUAAAAACAAACGACAUUUUAGAUUAUUUCUUGGUUACUUCCACUGUCUUAACAACCUUACUAGAAUCGAUCCUCCAUCAAGACGCGAUUGUCGCUAAUUUCUUUAAGAUCUCGCUGAGACUCAGUCUUUUGGGAGUGGUUCAUCCGUUUUUUCACCUCGUUGUUGUGAUGCAGCGUCGGUUUUCAAAUCUUAACGAAAUGAUUCAGGACUCAUCACAAUACAAAGCUUCGCGGUUUCGACACCUGACCGAGCUGCAUCAGCAAUGCAUAACCGCUUCCAUUACCCUCAAUGACUGCUUCACCCAACAGGUACUCUGGAUCACAGGUGCAUUGUUCUUGUACAUAAUAAUCACUUCUUACAAAGUGUUUAUUGUCAUCGAAGCAGAUGCUGGAUUACUUGAAGUAGCUAUUAAGACGUUUAAUCUUAUACAAUCUAUAUUCAUCGCUUACAUGGCUUGUGCAAUUUGUGAGGGUACUUCAAUGGAGGCAAGAAAAUUCGAUAUUCUACUUCACCGAUUGAUGAUUGCUGACGUUGCGGGUGAACUAGUGAAUGAUGAGAAACUAUUUCUUCAUAUCGCCAUGAGGCAAGAGCUUUGCUUUUCGGCUAUCAACGUCUUCGCUCUGGACUACACUCUAAUUCAUUCGAUGAUUUCUGCAGCCUCCACAUAUCUGGUCAUACUGAUACAAAUGAACGGGUAACUACUCAUGCGUCAUUCUUAUUAGACAAAGUGUUUAUUUUAAAAUAAAACU